CGUCACAAGGACGGACCCUUUAACCUUCGUCGCCGUCUUUUACUUUUUAAUUAUUCACAUUCAGCUCGUCAAUGCUUGUUAUAUGUCAUCUCUCUCUCUUUCUCUCUUCUUUUUUCUUUACUCGGUAUAUAGCUUUCUAACACGUAGAUAUGCAGCUUCUUCACGCUUCAAACAUACCAGAACUUCCACGAGCCCCCCGUUGCUAUCCAUGAAAUCCAUAAGAAUCCAUGAGAGUGCGACUCUGAAUUCUCAUUGAAUAUAUCAAUCAAUCACGCUACAACGUCCAUCAUUCACGAUGAGUUGCGAUAUUUGCCAUCGGGCGCAUCACCCGAACAGGCUGCCUUUCCUUUGUACCGUAGAUGCGAGGAACGAAUUGUACGAAGGCCGUGUGGCAAAUGCUAGGAUCCUCAUAGAAGCUGAGGAGCUCGAGUCUCGAGUCACCAAGCUAUUGUCAGAAAGCGAUACAAUUCCAAAUCCCUCUGCGACAAAAGGCUCUCCUCGAACGUACAUAGAAAACUGCAUUUCGGAGGAACACAAGGCUAAGGAGAGGACCGAGAGAAUUAUAGCAUCCGCCGAUAAGCUUCGUGAAGAGGUCGCUGCUGUUAAAAGAGAGAUUGAGGAGCGCAAGGCUGGCAUCGCUCGCAAGAAGUCAGAUCUUGUUGCUGCCUCGCAGGGUAUUACUGCGCGACGAGCUCGCGAGAUUGAAGAGACCAAGAAAGCCAUCAAGAUGACCAGGUACUCCUGGGAUCGAGAGUACGACGCUAUGACAAAGUACCGGGCCGCUCUCUGUAUGGAGGUAGCCAAGCUGUACAGACUGCAGCGUGUGCGGCGUGGGAACCCCGCCCGAUUUGAGUACAAGAUUGGUGGCAUCGAUAUUGUCGAUCUACAUACCAUGAACAACGCGCAACCUGAGCUUAUUUCCGCAUCUCUCGCGCAUAUUACGCAUCUACUAUGGCUCACUUCGCAUUAUCUUUCCAUCCGACUUCCGGCGGAAAUCACCCUCCCGCACAAUGACUACCCACGACCAACAAUCUUUUCGUUAACUUCUUCGUACCAUCAUGGCGAUGUCGCAUUUCCUGGUACCUCAUUUUUACCUCCUGAUCCCCGUGAUCGCCAAUUCGCCCAUGUUCCACACCCCCGACCCCUAUUUUUGGACAAACCCCUAUCCACUCUUGGCAAAGAAGAUCCACAAACGUACAAUUCUUUUAUCGAGGCGAUUUGCCUCUUGGCCUAUGAUGUAGUUUGGCUUUGUCGAACCCAAGGCGUCUCUGUAGGCGAUAACACCAACAGCUUAGAGGAUUUUGCUAGUCUCGGCCGAAACUUGUACAAUCUUCUCAUCAACUUCUCCCUGCAGCGGAAUCCUCAGCAGAUCGCCGACGAUCCAGCCCAAAAUAACGGCACCGGCAUCACCAGCAAUGCGCCCGCAGAGCUCGGCAGAGCGGGUCCUCGCAUGGGCCUCUACUCCCAUGGCACGGCGCACACAUUCUUAGGCAGCGCGGCAGGUAAUGAGCUCACGCGCAACUUCAAGAUGCCCAACGUGGCCAAGCUAGCAGAUAAGCUCAAGGCUAAGCUUGUCCGCGAGAAUCCGGUGCCCGAGUGGGAGCUCCUGGAGGACGACGCGUGGACACCAGAUGAUGCGCUCGACGAUGGCGUGCUAAUUGGCGGAACCCGAAAUACCCCGGGCAAGGGAGGGCCCAACGGCGUACCGGCGCAUAGAUUUGGGAUCGAGAGUUAUAUGAGCGUUAAUACUGUUAAGAGCGGUAGUAGCGGAGAUACUAACACUCGGGUGCCGCAUGUUGCGGGUACGAAUGGGAACGGGACUGCGGGCGGGAGAGGCGGGGAAAGGGAGAAGGGAACCAGCGGGUGGACGAAGAUCAAACCUAGAUACUAGGUGGAUAGCUAUGAUUGUAAAGUAGAUGCGCCAGAGUGACCAGAGGUCAGGCAGUGUGUUGAAUAGAAUACACCCCUUUUGGUAUAUACUCAUUUAUAGAGUGGGUUCCAGAAGUGCUAGCUGUCUUGCGGAGUUGAUUUUCUCGACUUAGACGAGAUCUUGCGUAAUAAUUAAUUUAGUAAAACAAGAAA